AUUGAAUUCCUUUAUUAUACUUUGAUGAGAAAGAUCAGAUGUGGUCAACUCAUCCCACCACUAUAUAAGCAGAGCCUUCUUCCAACUCUCUGCAUCUCUACAUUUCUUCAUACAUCAAAUUAAAACCAGCAAUCCUAUCAUGGCCACCAAACUCCACAUUGUGUACUACUCCACUUACGGACAUGUUGAGAAGUUAGCCCAUGAAAUCAAGAAAGGAGCAGACUCCGUUGAAGGCGUAGAGGCCAAGCUCUUUCAGGUUCCAGAAACCCUGUCCGAUGAUAUCCUCGGAAAACUGGGCGCACCCCCGAAGAGUGACGUUCCGAUCAUAUCCCCCCACGACCUCCCGGAAGCCGACGGUUUCAUCUUUGGGUUCCCCACCAGAUACGGAAUGAUGGCUGCUCAGUUCAAGGCGUUUCUGGACGCCACCGGCGGUCUGUGGAGGACCCAGGCGUUAGCCGGCAAGCCCGCCGGCCUUUUCUACAGCACCGGUUCCCAGGGCGGUGGCCAAGAAACUACCGCGCUAACAGCAAUUACUCAAUUGGUUCACCACGGUAUGAUAUACGUGCCGAUCGGGUACACGUUCGGAGCGGGCAUGUUUGAGAUGGAGCAGGUGAAGGGCGGGAGCCCUUACGGCUCGGGGACUUAUGCGGGGGACGGGUCCCGGCAGCCAAGCCAGCUGGAGCUGGAGCAGGCCUUCCACCAGGGCAAAUACAUCGCUUCUAUCACCAAGAAGCUUAAAGCAGGAUCCGCUGCUCUCUGAUCUAUCUCCUGGCCCAUCCAUUAAUUGCCCUCCCAAAUAAAGACGCCCGCCCGACCCGGCCCCUUUCUUAUUUAAUGUAAUAGUGUUUUUAAUUAAAGUUUUUGGACCUUAUUGUUUGUGUUCUUUUAUUAGUAUAUGUAUAUGUAUUAUUGGAGGGGUUUGAGGCGGGAAUGCAACCCCCAAUUCAAUAUUGAUGUACUAUACAUACAAACCAUUAGUUAAAUAAUACCACCUCCGUCGCCUUUUUAUUGUCCCUUUAUGGUUAACGAUAUUUUAUCGACGAUAAAGCAAACAGAUUCAUGUCCACACUCAAAUUAUUUUUAGGAGAAAAAAUUACAUAUUCAGAAACUACAUUAAAUGUUUUACAAAGUCGCAAAAACCUGAAUCAAAUUUGAUUUUUUGAUAUACUCCGUAUAAAGUAAGAAAUUAAGAGUGAUUUAUGUUGACCAAGUGAAUAGGAACUGAGACAAUAUAAAGGGGACGGAGGGAGUAAUAUAUCUAGGGGUGGUUCGAUAUAUGAUAUACCGAAUAUUUUCUCUCAUACCUUUACUGUACCAAAACUUUCGGUAUACAAAAUUUAUAUAUCGUUACCUUACCGAAGUUUCGGUAUACCGCAUUUCGGCAUACCGAAGUUUCGAUUUGGUAACGGUACGCUAUCGGUAAA